CACAGAUGAAGAAAGAAUAUAGUGCGACAUACCCCUUACGCAAUAGAAUGCCUGUCUUUGGGGAAGAGUAACGGAGUGUCAGAGGAGUCAGUCUGCCUCUGUGACUCGCUUCAAUCACAAGACAGUUCGUCUAACGUGAGGUACUGCACGGCAUUUGGGAGUCUAUUUAUAAUUUAAGUCCAAGGGUGAAUUGAACGGAAAAUGUUUGCUAUUAUAAAUAGACUGUGAAUAAAGAACAGAACGUGUUUGAAUUUUGAAUACCUCGAGGUGAUUAAUUAGCUUCGACGGGCUGAACGUUAUAGACACAACGUGGAGAAUAGUUUGGCGAUAUUUUGACUGGUGCUAAUUCUGAGGGAAAGUGGAACUUGAAGGAAUCAUUGAACGUUACAAAUGAGUUGUUUUUCAUGAUGCAACGAUUCCCUGAUGAGCAAAACGUGCUACAAAGAGUCGAGUUUAUGAUAGGUGUUUAGAGUUUAACUGGAAGAAUUGAUACAAGCCUUUAUCAAACUUGAAGAUCAGUGUGGAAGUUGUUGUGCAGCCGAGCGUGGAAGCAGGAUUGUCUCUGUUUCACUUGGUUGAUUUUUUGCCGAAAGGUGUUACUUCAGAAGAAAGCUAAGAUGAUGAGGCUAAUGGCGAUACCAAUGUUUGUAUUACUGUUUGUCGGGGGGAAUUACAUGGCCGAGGGUAAUGUUAUCGUCAAGGAGGUACAGGCCGGGCAUUUGGCUGAAUUACCUUGUCUGAGUAACGAUGAUUAUCAUCGCUUCAUGUUCUGGCAGCUCACCGAUGACAGCAAAAUCAUUGGACCUGGAAAUCCACUGGAUACGGAGAAAUAUAAUUAUGAAGUUCUUACGGGAAAACUUCUUAUCAGGGGGGUCUCCAGCAAACAGGCCGGUUACUACAAAUGUGUCUCAAAAGGAAUUAACGAUCAUGCUUCGAUCAAUAUUCAUACUGUGGAGCUCGUAGUAACGAGAGACUGGGAGGAUGUUUGGGAGAAUGACUACGAGACUAAUUUACUUCGUGGAAUGGCUGCGGUUAUGGUGAUUGUCGUGGGAAUUGCGGUGGUGCUAUUGAUCAUCACUAUGAAGAGGAAACGUAGUGCCAGGUUUUUUGACUUGGAAGAGUCGAGGGAGGGGUCGCCCGCUAGAUACAAGGAGAACCAGCCGCAGGCUACGGCAGGUCCCUCGCGAAUAGAAUCGGGGGGAAUCGACAACGCAGGAUUGGACGUAGACUUCCCAAAGGUUUUUAAACAGUUGCAGAAAGAAGACACAUUGCCCUGAUUGAGGGCCUUCAAAAAUCUCUCAUUGUUCUGAAGUUGCCAGUAAAAAAAUAAUUUAAACUCCAAUUCGAAAAAAUAAUUCCCCCUUCAAGCAUGAAGGCUGUAAAUUUAUACUCUAAAUCGAAGAUUUUCAAAACGAAAAAACCAACAACAACAGCGACUCAAUGUUCAUUGACAAAUUUGUAAAUUACUUGAAUCAAUUUAUAUCUUAGAAUUACUGUCUAAGGAACUUGUAAAUAUAACUUUUAAAAAUUA